AUGGCUUCAGAUUCAGUUCAAUUACUAAACCAAGCUUCAGGAUACGGAGUCUUAGUUGGGGUAGGAGGCGGCUUUGCCCUCGUCGCAAACAGAUCAGUGGGCACGUUGCUUUCGGCAUCAGCCGUGUAUUCAAGUUGGAGUUGGGCCACAGAGUUGCUUUGGUGUACGACAAUGGUGUACAACUAUGGUAUUCAAAGCUCGUAUUACUACAUGUCGGGUCUCGCUGUGCAGAUUGCCGUUAUGGCCAUGGUUGGUAUUCAUGCCAAAAAGAAGAUCCCCAAGGCACAUACUUCAUUGGAGAUUAUUGAGUUGAGAUAUGGUAAAGCUGCCCAUAUCUUGUACAUGUUUCUUUGUCUUACGAAUAACUUGUUGUCGUGUUCAAGUAUGAUCUUGGGUGCCGCUGGUGCAAUUUCAAUCAUUGCUGGUAACUUGCACAUUGUGGCCGCUACAAUCUUGACAAUCUUCUCCGUCUUGUGCUAUUCAAUCUAUGGUGGUUUGAAAGCGACAUUCUUGACUGAUUUCGUCCACACGUUGAUCUUGUUGACUGUAUUGUGUUACUUGAACACGGCAGUGUUGACAAAUGUCGGCGGCUUGGAUGCGUUGUAUGAUGCAUUGGCAAGCUUUGGUGGGUCUAGGGAGAUUCCAGGAAACUAUGGAAAUAGUGUCAUCACAGGUAAAUCACAAGGUGCAAUUAUUUUCGGAUUGAUCUUGACUGCAGGAAACUUUGGAUUGUCAGUGAUGGAUAGUUCAUUUUGGCAAAAGACAUUUUCCGCAUCUCCAAGAGCCACGGUACCUGCUUACUUGACCGCUUCUGCGUUGAUUGCAUCCAACGUGUGGCCAUUGGGGGCUAUUAUUGGUGGUGCUGCAAUUGUGUUGGAAAGUUCACCAAAAUUUCCCACUUACCCACGUAAAAUGACGCAAUAUGAAGUCGACUCCGGUUUCGCAUUACCGUAUGCAUUAAUGGCUACAUUGGGUAAAGGUGCUGUGGGUGGGUUGUUAUUGAUUGUUUAUCUUGCAGUUACAUCCACCGUUUCAGCACAAAUGGUAUCGGUGUCAUCGAUCCUCACAUUUGACAUUUACAAGAAAUACAUCAACUCCCAAGCGCACAACAAGUCCUUGAUUCUAGUGUCACAUAUCGGUUGUAUCAUAUUCACAUUUGGAGCCGCUGGUUUCUCCAUUAUGUUGCAUUAUGUCGGUGUCAACAUGACCUGGUUUGGAUAUUUCUAUCCAUUGAUUAUAUGUCCCGGUGUCAUCCCUUUGAUCUUGUCAAUUACGUGGGACCGUCAAAACUGGUAUGCUGCAUUCAUUUCGCCCAUUUUGGGAAUUGUGUUUGGGUUUAUUGUGUGGACAACAACAGCUUACAAAUUGGAUGGUGCUGUUAAUAUCACGACUUUGGGUGGUCAGUUGCCGGCAUUGUAUGGUGCAUUGACUGCGUUGUUCUUGCCUGGGAUUGCAAGUGUGGUGAUUUCAUUGGUGUUUUCACUGAAGUUUGAUUGGACAGUGUUGCAACAAGCUCAUAUUUUAGUUGAUGAAGAUGUGUCAAGUGAAGACACUACUAGUGUUGAUAACGUUGAUGGCGUGGAAGGUAAAGAUGAGAUUGUAAAUUCUGACAAAGGUGAUCGUUCCAGUGCAUGUGACACAGAAGACAGAGGCAAGGAGGAAAUUGAAGUCAAUAUCGACUCAGACCAGUCAUCGUCAUCCGCAAACAAUCUAGAGUCGCAAAAUGGCAAUACCAUUGCUGGAGUGGUUCAGUUGACGCCCAAACAGUUGGACUUUUGGAUCAAGAUUGCUACUGGUGCUGCUAUUUUCAUAUUGUUGGUUACAUGGGUGUUGUGGCCAUUACCAUUGUACCGUGAUUGGAUUUUUAGUAGGGCUUACUUUAAAGGGUAUGUCACUGUUGGGUUGAUAUGGUUGUACUCUACGUUGUUGAUUAUUGGAAUUGGUCCUUUGAUUUCAGGAAGACAUACCAUUGCGUUGAUCGCAAAGAACGUGUAUCGUGAUUAUAUAAAGAAGUGGUAG